AUGUCUUCCCUCGUCACCAAACCAGCCCCCGCCCCCCUCACCUCCGACAUCAACAGAAAGCCUCCGACCGCCGAUAGCGUGGCGGCGGCCCCGCUCAACGCGGCGGGCGACAAGGCGAACCUCACCUCCUUCUGGCGCACCCCGGAAGCCGGAAACAUAUACCGGCACGCCGAGCACCUCACGGGCCCCGUGACGCCGUGCCUCGUCGACCACGCCGGCCUGCGCGAGAGGCUCGUCGCCGCGGCCGCGAGCUCGAACCCGAACCCCGUGCGCGUCAUAGAUAUGUGCUGCGGCACCGGUGUUGUUUCGGGGUGCGUCCAGAGGAUGGUGAGGGAGAUGGGGGGCCGAGAGGGGGAGAAGCUGGAGCUCGUGUGUGCGGACUCGAGUGAGGCGCAGCUGGGCGUCGUGAGGGAGAAGAUUGAGAGGGAGGGGUGGGUUGGGGUUGAUGUUGCGCUGUGUGAUAUCAUGGACCAGAAGUUUGAGGACGGGAGUUUCGACGUGGUCAUCUGCGCCAUGGCCAUCAUGCUCAUCGCCGACCCGUACAAAGCCGUAGCCGAAUGUCACCGCGUCACCAAACCAGGCGGCACCUUCGCGACAUCAACCUGGGUGAUCGAGGGCUGGAUCCCAGACACGCGGGACGCCGUAUCCGCCCUCGCCCUUCCCGGCGGGCGACCGGUCUGCUGGCCGCGGAACUCGGCGGAGCUGACGAACCUCUGGGGCCCCGGGUGCUGGGAGUCGCCGAGUUUCGUCACGUCCAUGUUCACCGCAGCCGGGUUCGUGGACGUGGAGGUCGAGGUGGUGACGAAGUGGGUGCGCUUCUCCGGGCCGGACGAGUUUUGUACCGUGUUUCAGGCGUUCAUGUACGGGGUUGUCGAGCGGUUCUGGACGAGGGAGCAGAAGGUGGGACUGAAGGGGGAACUGUUGCCUGCGAUUAGGCGGUUCUUGGAGAGGAAGUAUCAGGGGGGCCCGUUUAGUGUUGAGAGGACUGUGUUGCUUGCGAGGGGGAGGAAGGAUGAUAUGUGA